GUAACUAGUCAGCUAUACACAUACAACCAUUACCACCCUAUAGCCUUGUGCUGCUACCUUCUCUCAUUUUAUAUUUUUCAUCUCCACACACAUCUACAUCUUCAUUUAUGGCUUUUUCCACUAAUUUCUUCUAGCCACUUCUCUCUCUCUCUCUAUCUCUCAUCAUCAUCAUCAUCAUCAUCAUCAAUGAAGCACAAUCAAGCUAAUAACGAUCAUCAUCAUCAUCAGUACUACUACGGAUUAAUAUACAAGCAGUUUUGUACAAAAAAAGUGGGUCUCUUAGCACUAAUCUUCCUAGUUAUCCUUACCACAGUCCCAAUCUACCACCCUUGUAUAAAAUACUCCUCAUUUUUCUCUACAACUUCUUCUUCCUCGUUAUUGGCCGGUGGUGUUGAUGAUGAUUUGGAUGAUAUUAAAAUAGAGUCGUCGUCCACUCACAAGUGUGACAUUUUUUCCGGGGAAUGGGUUCCCAACCCGGAAGCCCCUUACUACACAAAUGACACGUGUUGGGCCAUACACGAGCACCAGAACUGCAUGAAAUAUGGCCGACCCGACUCCGAAUUCAUGAAAUGGAAAUGGAAACCCGACGCCUGUAACUUGCCCGUUUUCAACCCGGCUCAGUUCUUGGAAUUAGUUAGAGAUAAAUCCUUGGCUUUUGUGGGUGACUCUGUCGCUAGAAACCAAAUGCAAUCUCUCAUAUGUCUACUUUCAAGGGUUGAAUAUCCAAUUGAUGAGUCAUACACUUCAAACGAACAAUACAAACGGUGGAAGUACACAACUUACAACUUCACUCUAGCCACAUAUUGGACCCCUCAUUUGGUAAAAGCCCAAAAAACAGAGACAGAAGGCCCAACUAAAACGGGCCUAUUCAAUCUCUAUUUGGAUGAGUUGGACGAGGCAUGGACGGCCCAAAUGGAGGACUUUGACUACAUUAUACUCUCAGGAGGCCAAUGGUUUUAUACACCCAUGGUCUUCUACGAGAACCACAAAAUUAUAGGCUGCCACUUCUGCCAAUUACCAAAUGUGACCAAUUUGGGUAUGUACUAUGGGUAUAGGAGAGCCAUGAGGACAGCCUUGAAAGCCAUCAAUGGGUUGAAAAACUACAAGGGUGUUACUUAUCUUAGGACUUUUGCACCAUCCCAUUUUGAAGGUGGGCUAUGGAACCAAGGAGGGAAUUGUGUGAGAACGGUGCCGUUUAAGAAUAAUGAGACCGUUUUGGAGGGCCCAAGUAUGGAGUUUUAUAUGAUCCAAGUGGAGGAGUUUAGAAAUGCUGAAAGAGAAGGAAGAAAAAGAGGGUUGAAGUUUAGGAUGCUUGAUACAACUCAAGCCAUGUUGUUGAGGCCAGAUGGUCACCCUAGUAAAUAUGGUCAUUCGGCCAAUGUGACUAUGUAUAAUGAUUGUGUUCAUUGGUGUUUGCCUGGGCCUAUUGACACGUGGAACGAUUUCUUGCUAGAGAUGAUCAAGACUGAACGGUUGAGAUCUGCUGAUGAGAAUCUUCGAUUUUCUGAUAGAAAAUUGCUAGUGCGAUAGAUGAAUUAUUCUUUCUUUUUUUUUUUUUUUUUGUGUAUUUAUGAUUAUUUUUUAAUCCCAUUGUAUUUACUUCUCCUGAUUUUUAUUACUUAAUAAGAUAUUUUAUUGUGGCUA